AUGUUGGGUUUUACGCUGUGGCCUUCUACGGCUGAGGUUUCAUUUUCUUGUUUGAAGUCGAAAAAUGUUGUUCCAAAAGCUUUCAGUAGACCUGGUGAGUUGAGCAGGAGAGAAAAACAAAGUGGAGUCCGAAAGAAAACGUUUGUUGCAUGCCACCUGGUACCCAGGCAAUUGGAAGGGUCAGAAGUAGGGAAGAUAAAGGCCCAUGAGCCGGCUUCGAAGUUGGAAUUUGUUCGGACGUUGUUGAUCGAUAAUUACGAUAGUUACACAUAUAAUAUUUAUCAAGAGCUUUCCGUCAUUAAUGGAUUGCCUCCAUUGGUGAUUCGUAAUGAUGAGUGGUCUUGGGAAGAUGUUUGUUAUUACCUGUAUGAAGAGAAAGCAUUUGAUAAUAUUGUGAUAUCCCCUGGUCCUGGAUCUCCAACAUGCCCAGCUGACAUAGGAAUAUGCCUCAGGCUGCUCCUUGAAUGCAGUGAUAUCCCUAUUUUAGGUGUUUGUCUCGGUCACCAGGCUUUAGGUUAUGUCCAUGGUGCACAGGUCAUUCAUGCUCCCGAACCUAUUCAUGGACGUUUGAGCGAUAUUGAGCAUAAUAACUGUGAGUUGUUCCACGGGAUCCCCUCUGGAUCAAAUUUGGGAUUUAAGGUGGUUCGAUAUCACUCCCUUGUGAUAGACCCGAGCUCACUACCCGUUGAACUAAUACCUAUAGCCUGGGCGUCUUCAUCUGAAACAAUCCCAUUUUUUGGUAUCAAAAAAUUCGAUUCAUACUCAGUUGGUUUUGAGAGACAUGUUGCGUUUCACAAUUUAGCUCAUUCUUUAUCCGCAAAAUCAAAGAAUGUGAAGAGUGGAAAUAUUCUUAUGGGAAUUAUGCACUCCAGUAGACCUCAUUACGGUUUGCAAUUUCAUCCAGAGAGUGUUGCUACUUGUCAUGGGAGGCAAAUAUUAAAAAACUUUGCAGAAAUCACAAAGGACUAUUGGUAUGGAUUGAGAUCGUCCUCAGGAAGCAUGGGGAAGGCUCAUUAUUCUGUAUGCAUGCAGGUGCCUGAUGUAACUCAGGUAUUGCAAGAUGCAGUAAGAAAUAAGCAUUUGGUGAAUGGACUGUGCUACAAGAAGACUGGACUCGGGAGCUCAAUUAGUACACCCCCUUCAGGAAAAACAAAAUUUUUGAAGUUGAAAUGGAGAAAAGUUGAAUGUUCUGUCUGCCAAGUUGGUGGGGCAGAAAAUAUAUUCUUCGAGCUUUUUGGAGAUUGCCAAGCAGGGAAUACGUUUUGGCUAGAUAGUUCAUCAACUGAUAUGCGCAGAGCUCGCUUUUCCUUUAUGGGUGGUAAAGGAGGGUCACUCUGGAGACAGUUGACAUUUAGAUUGCUGAACAAGAGAUUGGAUGAUAUGGCAUUUAAUCAUGGAGGCCAUCUAUCAAGUGAAGAUGCUGACGGCAACAUUACGAGGAGUUACUUGGAAGAUGGAUUUUUUAACUUUUUGAAUAAGGAGCUCCAGUCAUUUCAAUAUGAUUCAGCAGAUUAUGAAGGAUUGCCUUUUGAUUUCUAUGGUGGCUUUAUUGGUUACAUCGGGUAUGAUCUUAAAGUUGAAUGUGGGGCCCACACGAAUCGCCACGAGUCGAAGGCCCCCGACGCUUGCCUUUUCUUUGCAGAUAACCUCGUUGCAAUAGAUCAUCACUGUGAUGAUAUUUAUAUCUUGUCUAUAGUUGAAAACUGUGCAAGUACAACACCGUGGAUGGAUAAAAUCGAACAAAAGCUUCUGCAUAUAAAACUUUAUCCACCAAAAAAACCAAAGUCUUUAUCAUUAAAACUUUCCCAAAAGAAAUCUGCCGGAAAUAGAUUUUCAGCCGAUAAAUCAGAGGAGCAAUAUGUUUCGGACAUUGAAAAAUGUCAGGAACUUAUAAAGGAAGGGGAAAGUUACGAGCUGUGUCUUACAACACAAAUGAGGAUGAUAACUGUUGGCGAAAUAGAUUCUUUGGGAUUAUAUUCGAGCCUUCGAGAAAAAAACCCGGCUCCAUAUGCUGCAUGGCUCAGUUUUCCAAGAGAGAAGUUGUUUAUUUGCUGUUCUUCGCCCGAGAGGUUCUUAAGGUUGGAUAGGGACGGCGUUUUGGAAGCUAAGCCUAUUAAAGGGACCGUAGCUCGUGGGGCAUCUAAGGAGGAAGAUGAAAUGAACAAGCGUCGAUUGAUGUACAGGUAA